GGCAUCCCCAGAGGGGGCUGCUGCAGCCUUCGAGGGUACCGGUGGAAGGAACCCCUCUCUCCCCCUCCCUCUCCCAGAGCAUUCCCGGGAAGAGCAGACUGGGCGGGAACAGUCGCAGAUUCUUGCAGCGAACCAAGAUAGGAGAUAAGGAACAGGGUUAGUGACUUUACAGAACUCUCGAGUGUCCCCCAGCUAGUCAGUGGCAGUGCCAGGUCAGAACUCAGGUGCUAAUCUGUGGCCCUCCCUAGAGGUCAGGACUUAGAAAGUGCCCGGAGUUAAACCCGAGAGGGUCUUCGUGAACUAGGACUUCCCAGUCAGCCAAGCCCUGUGGAAAGCAGCAACGCUGAGGAAGUACGGGGAUCUCGCUCCUCCGCAGUCCUGCCCAACCCUCCCACCGCCUCUCUGCAAACUCAGCUUUCGCCUGUUUACACAUUCAGCGUGAAUUGAGUGCCUACUGUAUGCAGAGCGAAACCAAACUUGCUGCAGCUGGAGAGUCAAGCAGGCAUGCUAAUUGGACAGACAGAUGAUAAGUGAGAACAAAAACAAACAAACAAAAAAUGAGCAAGACUUAAAUUUCAAAUUGAGACUGAGCCCUUCUGAAGGGAAUGGGAGCAGACUGCCUGGAACAGGUUCAGACCUGAAAUAAUUUGAGAAGAGACCCUAAGGGGAUGUUGGAGCAGAGAUAACUAGGUAAUGAGUAGGGUCCAGCCACUCAAGGCUCUAGAGGAAGAGCAUUCCAGCAGGCAGGAGGAAUCAAGGCAGGGCCCAAACGGAGAGCAAGGUGGGCACAGCCCCUGGAGCCGUGAGCAGGUACCAUGGACUGGAAGAAGCUCCAGGACCUAUUGAGCGGAGUGAACCAAUACUCCACAGCAUUUGGGCGCAUCUGGCUGUCGGUGGUCUUCGUCUUCCGGGUGCUGGUGUACGUGGUGGCGGCUGAGCGUGUGUGGGGUGACGAGCAAAAAGACUUUGAUUGUAACACCAGGCAGCCUGGCUGUACCAACGUGUGCUAUGACAACUUCUUCCCCAUCUCCAACAUCCGCCUCUGGGCCCUGCAGCUCAUCUUCGUCACGUGUCCCUCCAUGUUGGUCAUCCUGCACGUAGCCUACCGCGAGGAGCGGGAACGGAAGCAUCGCCUGAAGCACGGGGAGCAGUGCGCCAAGCUGUACAGCCAUCCCGGCAAGAAGCACGGCGGCCUGUGGUGGACCUACCUGCUCAGCCUCAUCUUCAAGCUCAUCAUUGAAUUGGUCUUCCUGUAUGUCCUCCACAGGCUCUGGCAUGGCUUUACCAUGCCACGUCUGGUACAGUGUGCCGGUGUGGAUCCCUGCCCCAACACCGUGGAUUGCUACAUCGCUCGGCCCACGGAGAAGAAGGUCUUUACCUACUUCAUGGUAGGCGCCUCUGCCGUCUGCAUCGUGCUCACCAUCUGUGAGAUCUGCUACCUCAUCUUCCACAGGGUUAUGCGAGGCGUGAGCAAGGUCAAGUCUACAAAGAGCAGCAGCUCCCCGAAGUCUUCCAGCCGAGCCUCCACCUGCCGCUGUCACCACAAGCUUCUGGAGAGUGGGGAUCUGGAACCAGACACAGUCCCAGUCGACGCCAAGCCGAAGGCGUCAGCGCCCAGCCUGACCCCCAUUUGAACCGCGCGCCUGGAGACGGAGUGAAGCAGGGAGGCGCUGCAGGUGGGAGGGGUCCUGGGGGAGGUACUUGGUACCCCCCAUUUUGAAUUCACUAAGCUAACCAAUUCCAUUUGAAGCAGAUAUUUGUGGGCGCUGGGCUUUGUGCUGGCUACCUGGUAUAGGUAACAUGGCAAACCCAGCUUCAGAGAGACAUUUAGAUUAGCAAAUCCACUACAUGCAUGCAAGGGUCUACGUAGCUGAGCUGGUAAGCAGGGCUUCUACCUACCCCAGGGGACUGCCAGGCCAGGCAUCUUCUUAGAAAAGCACAGAGGAGGAGGGGCGAGACUCUCCAGAAGAGACAGCAACAGCAAAAAGAACUGCGGGUCACAGAGGAGAGGGGCUGGCCCUGGACUGGGGACAGCCAGCCAGAGGGAGUCUUUACUCCCCCACAAGAAGCUGCUCGGUUCCUAGGUGGAAUGUUCUGGCUGGAGGCCAAAGAGCAAAUGUGGAAAGUGGUAGCAAGUCUUGUCAUGUCAACUGCUGUUUGGGACACUCGGGGGUCCUCUGGAUCCCCUUCCCCAGCCUCCGCCUUCAGGCAGCAGUACUCUCCUUUCUCCAGCAGGGUGCUCAGCCCACUGCACCCUGUGGCCAGGACCUUGGGGGCAUGCAUGGAAUGGGAAUACAUCCAAGUCAGUUUCCUUUAAGGCAAUAAAGUUGUGUUUUAUACAA